GCAUAGACUCAGUUGAUGUCGUUGCGUGUUGGCUGAAAGCGUAAAAGACACAAAUUAUCGCUUGUAAAUAAAUAAAUGAGAAAAUAAAUAAAAUAGAAUACUAAAUAACAAAAUGUACCUCUUGGAAUUUAGUGAAGAUUACGAAUGAAGUGAUUUCUAGUUGCAUUAAGUGUUAAUUCAAGCAAAAGAUUUUCUGUCGAUUGAAAAUUGUUUUCCACUAAAAAACAAAUACGAAAAAGAGGGACAAUCAAUAUGAAUUCAAGCUGUUAAAGCCAACAGCCUUGCAAUUGUGGGCAUGUCAACCGCAACACGGGCCAAAAAGCUAAAGAAAACGGUCAAAAUAAACGAGCAUUACGAGAAUAAAUUGCAUUAGGUUUCGCUUGGCCCACUUUUGGGCAGCUAAAUCGAUUUCUACUUGCAUGUGUAUUAUGAAACACCUGCGCGAUACUUGAGCUAGCUCGCAGGAUAGUGCUCCGGUCGCUAAAUAAUACCUUGCCAAUCAAUACAAUCACGUGCAAGUGCUAAAGUUACGAUAUAUCGUAAGAGCUAGGAAGUUAUGCAGCUGGGUAGCUGUAAGUCUUAGCGCUUCUAUGUCGAAAGGAGCUACCAAACAGAAUUGCAAUCAUAUCGAAUCGAGUUAAACAGAACUACAGAAGGAACCUAUCAAACCAGGAUGUGGACUAAAGAAAGCGCAGCCAGACACUGGCUGCUGGCCUUGGCAGCCAUAUUUGGAUUUCUGACUUUUGUAUGGAUUCCAUCAGCCUCAGCCGAAUGUCAAACGCGUUCGAUUUACUGUUACGAGUGCGAUUCGUGGACGGAUGCACGUUGCAAGGAUCCGUUCAACUAUACGGCGUUGCCGCGCGACCAGCCGCCUUUGAUGACCUGCAAUGGCUGCUGUGUGAAGAUGGUGCGACAUCAGCGAUCACCCUACGAGGUGGUGCGACGCAUGUGUACGUCACAAUUACAAAUCAAUUUAUUCAUGGUCGAUCACGUGUGCAUGAUGGAAAGUUCAGGCAAUGGACAUAUGUGCUUUUGUGAGGAAGAUAUGUGCAAUUCUAGUAAAAGUUUAUACUCAUUCGCUAACGGUUAUCAACAAAUCAUACUAAUCAUCACAAUGCCAUGGCUAAUACUGCUCCAACAGUUUGUGCACAGCUAGAUCAGCAAACCAGAUCAGAUCAGAUCAGAUCCGAUUCGAUCCGGUUCGACCAGAUUAGAUCAGAUCAGAUCAGUUAGUUAGUUUUCCCAGAAGCGUUUAAAAGAACAAUACACAAACACCAAUAACAGUUAACUAGAGACAUAUAUCAUGCCCAACACACACACACACACACACACACAGAAGACACAUUUACACGUAACUUGAAAUUGUUUUGUAGCCCGAGUUCUGAUUAUUUAAGUUUCGCAUUUCAAACAAAAUGUAAAAUGAAGUUGAUUUUGGUUCUGCAAGCACAGUUAACUAAUACUAUAAUCUAUGAUAAUGCUACGAGUAGAUCCAAAGUUUGACUGCACAUACAUAAACAUAAACAACAACAAAAAACAUAAACAAAAGACGUUGCAUAUAAGACUUCCAUAUAAAGAAGUGCUGCAUACGACUCUCUUACUUAUCUA